CGCGUCCGUUUCCCGGCCCGGUUUCACUUUGCUCUGCCUCAGUGGGCAUUGUCAUCGGUCUAUUGCUCGUGCUGCCGCGAGGCGAUAGUCGCAAGCUGCGAGGAAGGCUGCAGGCGCAUCUCUGACACCACAUUUCAAUAACGAGAAAGCUUGGUUAUCGCUGCGCGCUCUGGCAGCGAACAGACUGACAAAGCACAUUCCCCUGCAAGGAGCAACUAGUUCGCCUACGCGACGACAAGCGCUCGAAUGGGCAACAUGGUCGAGUCCUCCGACAAGGUGGCCGACGAAACCACAACAAAAAAGCAGCCGACGGCGCUCCAGCGCGCCGCGGCGGCCGUCGACCACGGCAUCGCCGCGGGCACCGCGAAAGUAGCCACCUGGGUCUCGACGAAGCCCUGGACGACGAUAGCGUUAGCGUUGUUUAUCAGUGCUCUAUGCACGCUCGGCUUCAUGAACAUCAAGUCUGAGGACCAGCCCGACAAAUUGUUUGUGCCGGACAACAGCCGCGCGUUCAGGGAUCGGCGCUGGGUCGAAUCGCGCUUCCCGAACGACGCUAGUGUGAGCACGAUGAUCCUCGACCACAAGAACGGCCGUAAUUUGCUCGACAAAGAAGCUCUCUUGGAGGUGUUCGACGUCUACGACCGCGUCCUGGCGACGUCGUCGGACGGCGGGAACCGCGGCUACGAUGAAAGGAGUUGCGCGGUCAACACGCGGAACCCGGCGCAGCCUUGUGCGAUGCGGCGUCCGUGAGUGUUAUCGCGUCGACGGCGUCGCGCCGAUGGCGUCGAGGCGCCCCACGCCAUCGACGCGAGGGUGACGAGAGACACAGACACAGAGAGAAGCGCCGCCUCGAUGGCGUGGAGGUGGACGUAUAAAGCCUCCGUAGCGUCGAUGGCGUCGAGAGGGCCGAUGGAGUCGGAGAGACACACGCAGAGACAAGACACAAAAAAACCACACAGGCCAGAAGUCCGGCAUCUUGGCGUUUUGGGGCUGGGACCGCGCGACGCUCGAAGCGGAUACUGACAUAAUAGCUACGAUCAACCGAGACGACGUGCCCGACUGCUGCAGCGGAGCAGGACCGUUCGUCGUGCUCGGCCAGAACGCCGGGAAGAUUUCGAGGGAUGACGCUGGAUUAGUUACUAGUAUAGGCACGCUCCAGUUGAAUUUCUACCUGAAUGCAAAAACGAAAAAGGGCGGCAGAGACAAGAAGAAUCGAGAAUUGGAGAAGGAGUUCGACAAGAUCCGAGACAAGGGCUCCUACGACUACCUCGACAAGCCGCUCAAGCCCCUUACUUCUUUUGCUCAGUCCGAGAACGUGGGAGGUGGCUUUGAUUACGACCAGGCCCUGAUCAAUGGCGCGUCGAUCCUCAUCUUCUUAUAUGCCUUCUGGGCCAUGCACCAGCGCAAGGAUCCGUAUGCGUCGCGAGGGUGGCUCGGUGUUGCGGCCGCGUGUGUCGUACUCGUGGCGGUAGCUGCGGGUUUCGGUCUAGCUAUAGCGGGCGGCACGGUUUUUUCUGCGACCGCAUCGAUAGCUAUCUUCCUGAUUUUGGGGAUUGGCUUGGAUGAUGCGUUUGUCAUUGUCGGCGCGGAAUUAGUUCACAGAGGCGACUUCUCAGAAGACGCCAAAAGAGUAAAAGACGGCGCGGACGUGUAUGAAAUAGCCUCUCGUAGAGUGGUACGGGCCAUGGCCGCGGCGGGUCCUAGUAUCUUCGUUACUUCUAUCACGGACGCUGUCGCGUUCUAUGCCGGCGCGAUCACUACGAUACCAGCUAUUCGCGCGUUCUGCAUUUUUUGUGGAACUUGCGUGUUGACGGACUACUUGUUGCAGACCACCUUGUUUGUAGCUAUACUUACCUUAGAUAUGCGGAUGAAGCUCAGACGCGGUGCUCGCGAACUCAACGAAGAAGCGCAAAUGAGGUGUUGCAAGCCCUGCGUGAAGAACGCCUUAAGUGAUCCGAAGAUCAACGGUUCUAGACCUACCUCCUUCUUUGGGGGUCGAUACGCGUCUAUCCUACUCAGCAAGGCGGGCAUGGCCUUCGUAUUGCUAUCCACCGCAGCCUUAGUUUGUGUAGCAGCGGUAGGCGCUUUUCGCGUAACGGCGGACUUCCAGUACCAGGACUUCUUCGUCGAGACGGACGCCUUCGGUGCUGACCCAGUGUCUCACGAGAAUUUCAACUUAUGACGGUUUUCAUGAUGGCGUCUUCAUGAAUCCGCGUCGCCUCGACGCCGUCGAUGCGGCCACGCGAGAGUCUACGCGUCUCGUGGGGCCACGGCGGUGUCGUGACGGCUUCGCUCGACUCAGGCAACGACCUGCCCUACGCCUGGUUCAAGAGCGACUUCGAGUUCCAAGAAAAGUACUUUCGCGACGGCAACCAGUACCCCAUCGGCGUGUAUACGUCUACUGCCGAUUAUUUUGUGGAAGGUAGUACGACACAAAAGUUCUACGCUGAAUACGCGCAGCAGCCUUAUGUGGUGACAGAAAGUGUCAUGGGGAACUGGUACGACGCUCAUCAGUUAUACGCUGCGAGUAAUCCUCCCCAAACCUCGGAAGAGUACAAAAAUAGCGUGGCGACAUGGCUGCAGACGGACGAAGGCAAGGGCUACCAGGAGGACGUCCUACUCGAUGCUCAGAACAAUAUCAUCGCGACGAAGACCGAUGUGCGGUGGCAGUUCAACAAGAAGGAGUUAGAUACGCCCAUGAUUUUGAACCGCAUGCUUCGCAGUCGCACUUUCGGCCGGAAGCACGCGUCUGCUGUCAAACCUCGGUUCUACCAGUUCGCGUUCGUGUUUGCCGAAGGCAUUAGAGUAGUACUGAGGGAGUCCGUGAUAUCAUUAUGUAUCGCUUGCGUGGCGGUGUUGGUGGUCUUGUUAUUAUUAUUGGGUGACUUGUGGGCGGCAUGCUUAGUUGCCUCGAGUGUCAUCAUGGUAUGUUUAAUAACGUACGGUUCUAUAUAUUGGUACGACGACCAUUUAAAUAAUGUGUCGGCGUUCUUCGUGAUCAUCGCUGUGGGUCUAGCUACGGAUGCCUCGGCGCAUUAUUGUGUGGCGUUCCUCGAAUCGUCUCAGUCAUCAAGGAAGGACCGGGCGGUCGAGGCCCUCGAUUUAUUGGGGCCGCCCGUGUUCCUGGGGGGUACCUCCACCAUCCUAGGGAUCUGCUUGACGGGCUUCUGCGUCACUUAUGUCUUCCAGACGUUCUUCCGAUAUUUGAUGACCAUACUCAUACUAGCGGUCUGGUUUGGAUUGGUGGUCAUGCCCGUGGUCUGCGCGUUGAUUGGUCCCAAAUCUAGGCGCUCGGAGGCUAUUGUCGCGAAGGAGGACCUGGAGGCCGUGACGGACGCCCCUAUUUCUGUUUCGGGCGGCGCGCCGACGGCGGAGAACUCUAUAUAGACUCGGAGAGUAAGUUGU